CUGUGUUCCUGCGCAUAUUCAGCCUGGGUCUCUCUCUUCUGUCCUUAUCUCGAACGUUCAACACUAUAGAACAUCCCACCGAGAUACCAUGUCCCUUAAAGACCGCCUUACCCCCCUUCUCCGUCCAUGGGGUCUGAUAUGGCUAUCUAUCGGGCUGCACUGGCAAGCCCUCAAAGACGCCCUUCGCCAAGACGGCCUCGCAGCUCUCGCACACCCAAGACAAAUUCGGGAUGCCGCUUCAGCGAAGAUGUUUAGUAUGCUCUCCGCCAACUUCGUCGCCUUCGAAGACACAACAAUCGUCCCCACCCUCGUUCGCGCCGCUGAAGGCGUAAUCCUCGACCUGGGCCCCGGCCCAGGAAACCAAAUCCACCGCUUCGACACUGGCCGGGUAAAGUAUAUAUACGGCGUCGAGCCCAACCGGCACUACGCGGAUACGAUAAAUGCCAAAUUAGACGCCGAAGCGAACGCCGGUCUCCGGGGUCGGUAUAAGCUUAUCCUCUCCGGCGUUGAAGAUCGCGAUGCGCUGAAGGAAGAGGGGAUUACCGAGGGAAGUCUGGAUGCCGUGGUGUGUAUCCAGGUUCUCUGUGCGGUUGAGGAUCUCGCCGCUGUCAUGAGGGAUGUCUGGAAACUGCUUAGGCCGGGUGGGAAGUUUAUCUUUUGGGAGCAUGGGUCUAGUAAGGGGGUGGUUACGAGGCUUGUGCAAGCUAUUUGGAACCCUGCUUGGAGUACAUUUGUCGGAUGUCGGUUGACGCGGAAUGUAUUGGACGAUAUUCUCAAUGGUGGAGAGUGGGAGAAUCCGGAGGAUAUCGAGGAGCCCGAGGAUUUGGUCAGUCUUCUACCAAGGAUCCAGGGCGUGCUCAUCAAGAAGGGGCAAGCGGAUGCAGAGGGAAGAAAGACGAAAUAGAGACGGGGUAUUCUGUAUCAGUGAAUAGGAGCAUAGACUCGGAUACCGGGCCAAUGACUCGGAACGAUUCACAAUUUUCCGAUAUACGCCAUAAAGAUAGCCC